GCCACGCUCCAAGUCCAACCCUCUUAUCCUCUCUACAGACUCCAAUAUUGUUCCUCAAGCCCUUUCUCGCUCCCUCACGCGCAACCAACGCAUACACAAACAGAUUCUCUUCUCGUUCAACUCGCUGCGUAACAAUGGUGAGAGGUUCAUCUCAGUCCCAAUCGUCGUCUUCCUCGACCUCCAGGCCCGGACUCAUGGCUCCGCGCGGUUCGGCUGCUGCGACGGCUGGCAUGCGCCGUCGUCGGGUCGGCGCAGCUUCCACUACAGCCAGCUCUGGGGGGAUCGGCGGCGGUUCUGGCCCCGGUGGCAACAUGCUUAGGUUCUACACCGAUGAAGCCCCCGGCUUGAAGAUCUCACCGACCGUCGUUCUCGUCAUGAGCCUCUGCUUCAUCGGCUUUGUCACCGCCCUCCACGUUUUCGGCAAGCUUUAUCGCCGAUCCGGCGAUGGAGCUUAGUUUUCUCUUUCGGAUUCGCAUACUUUCAUUGUGGAUCUUCGAUCGUUCUUCUAGAGCCAUAGCGAUCUUCGGCUCCUGACUCGAUAAAUGGGUAAGUUGGGAGUCACACAAGCGCCCUGACAAGGAAAUAAAAAUGUCAAAAUUUUUACUAGAUGCUUAGAGUGUAUGAGAACGUUCAAGUUAUUUGGGUGGACCAUAUUGAUGCAUGUUUACUUGGUAAACCUUGGGGUUUGCAUUCGGCAACUUGACUCAAAUAAAAUGAAUGCUACUGUUUUUUGUUUUC